AAGAUGGCAGGGAUCCGCGCAAAGAUCGCCAUGGUGGCGGUGGCGGCGACCAUGGCGACAAGAACAGAGGCAUUCCUUGCCCCUCAUGGGCUCUCGCCCAUGCUUGCCAAGUCGACCGCGUCCUUCAAGUCCGUUCGCCCUGCUCUCAGGGAGUCUCGACAGGGGCACGUCGCCCUCAGGAUGGGCUUCUUCGAUGCCUUCAAGAGCGCGACUGAGAAGCUCAUCGGAGCAGAGGAGGCGAACCUUCCCAACAUGGCCCCCCAGCUCACGUCGGUCAGCACCGGCCCCCUGACCUGGACUGCGGGAGUGUCGGAGAUUGCGGACCCCCGUCACGCCAUGGAGGAUGCGUGGUUUGCGGGCGACUACGACUAUGGCGUGUUCGACGGAGUUACAGGAGCUCAGAAGAGCGAGUUCGGAGAUCUGUACUCCUACCAGCUCUCUGGGACUACCUACGGCAUUCUUCAGCGCCAGAGGGAGCAGAAGAAGGCUGUCGAUCCUCUGGUGGCCCUUGACGGCGCCUACAGUGCUCUCAACGACGCCCUGACCGUAGGAUCUUCUACCGCCUGCGUUGUGUCUGUCGACACUAAGUCAGAGCCAGGGUACACCAUCCUCAAGGGAGCGAACGUGGGAGACUCAGGCAUUAAGGUGGUCCGCAAGGGGCAGGAUGGGCAGAUGAAGGUGGUGUAUCAGACUGUCCCGCAGAUGCACUACUUCAACUGCCCCUUCCAACUUGGAGGCAACAGCCCAGACACCGUCGACCUCGCUACGAGAAUCCGUGUUCCCCUUGCUUCAGGAGACAUCGUCAUCAUCGCCAGCGAUGGGUUGUACGACAACGUGUACGACAGUCAAAUCAUCGACCUCCUCGAAGCUACUGAGGGCCAGGGACCCAACGCCAUGGCACAGGCCCUUGUCGGCUAUGCUCGCCAGGUGCAGGAAGACCCACAGGUGGUCGUUCCUUACGGACUCGAAGCUCAAGCGGCUGGAAAGUCAUGGACGGGCGGCAAACUUGAUGACACGGCGGCGAUUGUGCUUCAGUUUAACUGAGGGUCCUCAGUCUAGUGUCGUGAUACAAGUUAAAGGUGGUGAAAACACUCAAAGCUUUUUAUCAAACGAAAGGGGAAAAGC